ACACGAUAUCAUAAAUAAGCUAAUUGCUUGAUCAUUCUCUCUUAAUUUAUUAUAUAAAGGAGGUGUUACAACUCUCCUUAUAUUACACAUAUUAUUUUUUAUAUAUAUCUCGUGCUUUAGAUCAUAUUACCCAUAUACUUCCGCUGCCUCCGACAUACUAAAUUUUUUUAUAGCAAAAAUGUGCAAGAUAUCCUCCAAUUUUGCUACUCAUUUCAUACCCACAAUCUUAAUCCUUUUCUCAUUAUGUUCAACUUAUCAAGUUGUUGUCGUAGUAGCCACCGGGUCACCACUUCCGUCGUCACUACCUAGAUCAACUCUGUCGCUAUCACUAUCACCUCAACCACGGUCGGCAUCAUCAUCAUCCCUCGACGGAUCAAAUGUCGAAGAAGCCAAAAAAGUCAUACAACAAUUUUUUAAAGGAAUUACUAGCGACAAUUGUGGGUUUUCAAAAUUUACAAUUACAGACACCCCUGACUUGUGUAAAAAUCCAAAAUUUGGGUGUACACCAGUUCCGUCCAAAGAUUCCUCAAAACAGACAAAAAACUUGUACGCGAUUGAUUUUAAUGAAUGUGGUAUUAUGGGGAAGAACAUUACCAUUGAUGGCUUCAUCGACAAGCUUCCCGACGUGUCGAUUUUCCAUGUAAAUUCUAACAGUUUUGGGGGUAACAUACCAGUUUUAAGUCAUCUUCCAUACCUUUCUGAGUUAGAUCUUAGUAACAACAAGUAUACUGGUAACUUCCCUAUGAAUAUCCUUGGUGCUACCAACUUAAAUUUCUUGGACCUCCGAUUUAACUCCUUCACGGGCCCGGUUCCUCCUGGGCUUUUUAAUUUGAAAUUGUUGACCCUUUUUAUUAACAAUAAUAAUUUUGAUCAUGACCUUCCAUCUAACAUGGGCUCCACGCUAGCCUCUUUCAUCAACUUAGCUAACAAUAAGUUCACAGGCCCAAUCCCGAAGUCCAUUGGGCAAGCCUCGAAUACUCUCCUCGAGAUCCUCUUCUUAAACAACACUUUCUCGGGCUGCCUUCCUUACGAGAUCGGGCUUCUUAAAAAUGCCCGUGUUUUCGACGUUUCGAUGAACUCCUUAUCGGGACCGAUACCCGAGUCCUUCGGAUGUUUAGAGAGUAUAGAGUACUUAGUCCUGGAAAAGAAUGAGUUUUAUGGUUCUGUUCCUGAGGAGGUGUGUACGUUGCGCAAUUUGACGAAAUUGAACUUGGCUGAUAACUAUUUCACCGAAGUUGGGCCCGAAUGUAGGAAGCUAAUCCAAAAAGGAGUGUUGGAUAUAAAACACAAUUGUGUAAUGGGCCUUCCGAAUCAAAGAGACCCAAAACUAUGUGCCGGGUUUCUUAGUAAGCCCAAACCGCCCAAGGGUUGUGGUGAAGUGAACCACUCUGUGACUUGCAAUAAAGGAUCAAAAAGUGUAUAUCUACAUUCUGAAACAGAGGGGGGACCACAACCUCAUCCAACACUUACUUAUAAAUCUCUAAGUCUUUGAUUAAAUUAACUGGAUUUUACCCCGUGUGAUGCAUGGUUUCUAUUAAAUUAUUAAGUUAAAAUAAAACUCACAUAUAUACCAAUUGCUAUAUUUUAUAUAUUA